UAGAUCUUAUGCCGCACUUUUUCGAUUUUCGGAUUUUUUGAAAGUAAUCGACAACUAAACAUCGACAAAUCCUCGCCAACGACGCCCCAAGAUUUCACAAUGGGUGACGCAGAUAUCAAAGCAUCUUCCUGGAGACUGGUUGAGGUCGGCCGUGUCGUCCUCGUAACUGGUGGACCACACGAUGGCAAGCUUGCCGCGAUCGUUGAGAUCAUCGACCACAAGCGCGCUCUUAUCGAUGGCCCAGCAACCGACAAACUCGCAGCUGUCCCAAGACAAGCCAUUUCCCUCGCCAAUGUCGUCCUCACACCUCUCGUCCUCAAGGGUCUUCCAAGAGCCUCGCGCACUGGUGUUGUUCAAAAGGAGUGGGAGAAGGCUGGUAUCGAGAAGUUGUGGCAACAAAGCCCAUGGGCCCAGAAGCGUGAGAAGCAAGCCAAGAGAGCUGCUUUGACAGAUUUCGAGCGAUUUAAGGUUAUGAGAUUGAGGAAGAGAGCUGGAUUCCAAGUCAAGGUUGCCAGGGCUAAGAUCGCCGCGGCAUAGAUUUGGUAAUGGAAUAUUUGGGAGCGCAAGCAAAACUACAUAAGGGUUGAUGGGUUCCUUUGCUCUUAACUGAGCUUUGUAUCCUGCGUCAAUUUGACCGGCGUAAUGAGCAUAUGGACUUCAAAAAUACCUCCAAACCAAUUCUCUCCAAGAUCUGAAUACUGGGCGUUAUUUUGAUGUGAUUUGGUUCUGGAACUUUGAAAUAUUCUCGACACGAGAGGUGCGGAACCUCUUCCUGCACAAUGAAUUAGGAGCCAUUUUACUGCUUUAUCGGACAAAUCCAGAUAUUGAUACUAAUAAUUCCACAACCAUAAAUGAUAUUAAAUGCACCUU